CGAGCGGGAGGCUGCGGGAGUCGCGGCGGCGGGCGGAUGGGGGAGUCGAUCCCGCUGGGCGCGCCGGUGCCGGUGGAGCAGGCGGUGCUGGAGACCUUCUUCUCCCACCUGGGCAUCUUCUCCUAUGACAAGGCCAAGGACAAUGUGGAGAAGGAGCGGGAGGCGAACAAGAGCGCCGGGGGCAGUUGGCUGUCGCUGCUGGCCGGACUGGCCCACCUGGCCGCCGCUGAGAAGGCCUAUCAUAGCAUGACCUUCCUGGGCCAGAAAUUAGGUGGACAGUCAUUCUUCAGCCGAAAGGACUCCAUACGCACCAUCUACACAUCUCUGCAUAAUGAACUGAAGAAGGUGGUGGCAACGGGCCGGAAUGCUUUAGGAGGAACUGCACCUCAUUUAGAAGAACUGCUUUCUCACCUUUCUGAGCAGCUGUGCUUUUUUGUUCAGGCUCGGAUGGAAAUUGCUGACUUCUAUGAAAAAAUGUACAGCCUUAGCACCCAGAAGUUUAUCAACUCUGAUGAACUGGUAAACAUCUUGGAAACUAUCUUAAAGAAAUAUAGCGCAAGGUUUCAUCAUCCAAUCCUUAGUCCUCUUGAAAGCAAUUUCCAGUUAGAAGCAGAUGUGCUUGCUCACCUUUUGAAGGCUCAGGCGCAGAUCUCAGAGUGGAAAUUCCUUCCAUCCCUGGUCAACUUGCACAAUGCUCACACAAAGCUGCAGACAUGGGGACAGAUUUUUGAGAAGCAACGAGAAACCAAGAAACAUCUGUUUGGUGGCCAAUCUCAGAAGGCUGUGCAGCCUCCACACCUUUUUCUUUGGCUGAUGAAACUCAAAAAUAGUCUUCUUGCCAAAUUUAGCUUUUACUUUCAUGAAGCACUUAGUCGGCAAACAACUCCAUCUGAAAUGAAAACUUUGACAGCAAAAGCCAAUCCUGAUUAUUUUGGGAAAAUUUCCAGCUUCAUCAGGAAAUAUGAUGCCGUUAAUGUUUCCUUAAUCUUUGACAAUCGAGGAUCAGAGAGCUUUCAGGGACAUGGGUAUCAUCAUCCCAAUUCCUAUCGUGAAGCCCCAAAGGGUGUAGAUCAGUAUCCAGCAGUAGUUUCUCUGCCCAGUGACAGGCCUGUUAUGCAUUGGCCCAAUGUCAUAAUGAUUAUGACGGACAGAGCCUCUGACCUCAACAGUUUGGAAAAGGUGGUCCAUUUCUAUGAUGACAAGGUUCAAAGCACAUAUUUUCUGACCCGUCCUGAGCCUCACUUUACCAUUGUAGUUAUUUUUGAAUCCAAGAAAUCCGAGAGAGACUCUCAUUUCAUAUCUUUUCUCAAUGAAACUUCACAUUCCCUUAAGAACUCUAAAGCUUUUGCAAGUCUGAAACCUGGAUCCAAAGGAUGAGUGACUGCUACUAUUAAACUAAUAUACUGCACUGCAAGGAAAUGUGUGCCAUCUUUGUGUUGUGUGUCUUUUUUCUUUUUAAAAUAUUUAAUGUUUAAUAUUAAUAUUUAAUAUUAAGCAGUUUUGGAAUGAACAGCCACUAAAAUAAUCAGAAUGGUGUUUUGAUUAACUACUGUAUUUUUUAAAAGUCCGUGACACUUUGUUCUUACCUAAAUGGAAUAUAUGCACUUUAUGUUUGCUGGUAACACACUUAUAAUCUGCUGGAAACCUGGUUUGAAAGUAAUAUUGAAUGGGUUUUUCUCCAGAAGUCCAUCUGUUUUGAUAAGGACUAUUUAGUCAUACCCACUGAAAAAUGUUAGAACUCUUAAAUAAUUACAAUAAAUGCAUCAUGGAAAAGAUAUUUCUUUGGCAGCUAUAAUUUAGCUUGAUGUUCUUAUCUAUU